UGUGCCGUGAGCCGGGGUGGACGGUGUGUGGCUGGGUCGGGGAAGGGGGAUACAGUGUAACCCCGGGUGGAUACAGUGUGAGAGCGGCCCGAGGCAGGGGAGCAAGUGGAUACAUUGUAACCCGGCCCCGGGAGACUCCGCUAACCCGCUACAGAUUAGCAUUGGCCGAAAUAUUUCAUCUCCUCCAUCAACAUACCUUCAUGUUGCUGUCUCUCUCAUUUGGUCAGGUUUCACUCCCUCAGACCAUCUCAAUUGCUGUUCCGCCUCCAGCACACUAUGUGAUCGCAGCCUGAAGUUGUGCAGCAGGCAGGUUAAAUUUAUAGGGUCGACUGUUACAUGGAAACUAUUUUUGAGAGGCUGAAAGAUUCAUACCGUAUCAGUAGCAGAAGCCCAAUUGGUCCCUAAACAAAUAAAGAAGAGAAAAAAAGAUUUAUGGUAAUUCUGAAAACCUGGAGCAGCACACGACAGCCAGCAGACUGGAAGACCAGGUGCGGAGCAGAACAAUCAGCAAACUGGAAAGCUGGAGUGAGACAUGACGGCUGCGUUGGAGUGACAGAAAGCAAUUGUGUGACCAUUGCCCGAAAUCAAGUGACCAUGCGCUAACUUGCAAUGACACUGCGAUUGGCCAGGCAGCUCUUUGUACACAUUUUAGGGCAGAACUGUAUUUUGGAAGCUGUCCAACUGGAGCGAUCUGCAUUGAAAAGGCAUGUUUAAGGUUGAAAAAUGUGUCGUUGUUACAGCAAUCAUCAUUGUGACAACCCUCUUGAUCAUCUAUAGUUCUAGCAGUGGCAACAGCUCAUUUGGUUACAAAAGUGGCUUCAUCUACCAUGUUGUGAAUCGGGCGCCACUAAAUUUAAAGAAAUGGGUCACAAAAGAUGGUUAUUUACCAGUUGUUGGGAACAAGACCAUGAGCCUCCACUGCAGGCAGUGUGCCCUUGUCACAAGUUCCAGCCACUUACUGGGCAGCGAGCUGGGCUCACAAAUCGACCAGACUGAGUGCACCAUCCGCAUGAACGAUGCACCGACGACCGGCUACGAGGCAGAUGUCGGGAGUAAGACUACGCUGCGAGUCAUUGCCCAUUCCAGUGUUUACCGGGUGAUAAGGAAACCCCAGGAGUUCCUGAACAAGAGCCAGGGGACGGUCUGUAUUUUCUGGGGACCUCCACAGAAGAUGCAGAAGAACAGCCGAGGGGGCCUGUACCGACUGAUUCACCAAGUGGGCCUGGCAUUCUCCAAGCUGUCUGCUUUUGUUAUUGCUCCGAAAAGGAUGCAGCAGUUUGAUGACUUAUUUCAGAGGGAAACUGGGAGAGACAGGAAGAAAUCCCAUUCCUGGUUGAGUACAGGCUGGUUCACUAUGGUGAUAGCCAUUGAACUCUGUGACAAUGUCCAAGUAUAUGGAAUGGCACCACCUCAUCACUGCAGGGAAGCUCAGCCCAAGCGGAUGCCUUAUCACUAUUAUGAGCCGAAAGGUCCCGAUGAAUGUAGGACCUUCAUUGGGAAUGAGCGAGCCAAGAAGGGGAACCACCAUCGUUUCAUCACCGAGAAGGAUGUGUUUGCUGAAUGGGCACAGCUUUACAACAUUUCCUUCCUGCAGCCCAGCUGGUAAUGAGGGUGAUGACACACUGCAAUCUGCCUGCCCUCUCCAUCCUGCUACUUCAUGUCCAUAUCAGGGAAACAGAAUCCAUUCUGGUGUCAAGGAAAGGCUGGAACUAAAGUCCUUCACUGAUGGGUGCUCAGGGAAUUGCAGGGCUGUCGGGGAAUGGGAGUUGGAGUAAUGAUGGAUAAGGGCAACAGGAUUCCAAGUGCAGUGGGUAGAUGUUACAGUUGUUCCUCUUUGGACACUAACUGCUGUCGGAUAUACUGUGGAGCAGAUUCAUUCAAUCACUCUGCUUAUGAGAGAAAUCCACCAUGUGACCCUAAUUGUACAGAGGUGUUUCUGUGUAUUUGCAACAGGGUAUGAUCUGAUUCACGCAAUGCAACGCAAAUUCCUGUUUGAAGUCUUUUAACGCCCUCUGUGUUAGCGCUGAAGAAUCGAGCCACCCAAUAAUGAUUGUGCAGAAUGGAGCAUUGUGCUUGAUUUCAGACAAACCACCUUUAAAAACUUCUUCAACUUUCAAAGUUUUAUAUCAUCUCACACAAUUAAUUAAUGGAAGAUGCGUCUGUUCUUCACCGAUCUUCCCGAUCCCUUCAAGAACACCCAUGUCUGCAAAAGAGUGGGGUACCAUGCUGUCUGAUAACUUUACUCAAAGGGCUGGGGCAGCCUUGUGUUCUGACUGUUGUUGGCUCAGUGACUGAAAUCGGGGGAUUAUAUUUUGAGCUGCUAUACCUAGUGGGUGUCAAGAUCUGUGGUAGAAGACUGUUGUUUCAGGAGGGACAAGGCUCCAUUGCUUUGCCUUUCUUGUGCUCAGCCUGAGCUUUCACUGAUAUUUAAUAUGGUGGGUGUGGUUCGGAAUAUACCAUACAUACAAGAAAAUGAAUUUCACCUGACUGGUUCGAAUCUCUGAACACUGCCACUUUGAUGUUACAACCCAAGUGAAUCCCACACACAGUAUCUCAUUGAUUUCAUUGUGAGUAAUAUGCUCAAGAUCAUUCUGUGACUGUAAUGAGCAACUCCAGUUGGACCAAGCCAUUUGAAAGUUGUCUUGACUUGUGAUUGUAAUCAUUUCCUCCUUGUAGUUUGAUGAGAUGGUUACUGAGAAUGGUCAAUUGGAGAGUGACCCAGGAUGGACAAUCAGCUUCUUGUGACGUGAGCUGCAUCUGGGCUUUUUUUGUUUCCCAUCAGGCAUUGCUGCCUUGUUCAGUUUCCUGUUGGGCUGACUGCUCAUACUUAAAAUGUAAAACUCGCCAUCAUAGGUGACUGUGUGGAAACAGAAACCCUUUUCUCUAUUUCAAGAAUUUUUGCAGCAAAGGCAAAGUUCAGAACUUGACCUUCUCCUCCGACCAACUAUGAACUUGGUGAAAGAUUUAGUGAACUUGCCUGAUUGCCAGACGCAUGUUCCAUUAAUUAAUUGUGUGAAAUGAUAUAAAACUUUGAAAGUUG